CCAUGCUUUCUUUUGAGAAAAAUCAUCAGACUCACUGAGAAAGGAAAUUAACGUUGGUAAAGGACAAUGUCUUUCAGUAAUUUGCUGAAUGAUUCUAGCCUGUGGGAGGAAAAGCGUAAUUCUACGGACCUUUCCAAUUCGCCAGGAACGCUAAACAUCUGUCUUUUUUGCUUAACCUGUGUAAUGACUCUUGCAGCUCUGACGGGCAGCAUUUUUUCGCUAGUUUCCCUGUUGAAACUGCAGAAGAGGACCGUGGUGUCCAUGCUUGUGGCUUCCUGGUCUGUGGAUGAUCUCAUGAGCGUCCCGUCUGUGACUAUCUUCAUGUUUUUGCAAUGGCCGAAAGAGGUCCCUGGCUACUUCCAGACGCUGUGCACCGCCUCCGCCUUACUGUAUUUAUGCCAGGGCCUCUCGAGCAACUUGAAGGCGACUCUUCUGGUCUCCUACAACUUCUACACGAUGCACAGGGGCGUGGGAAGUCAGGCAGCGCCGGGUCGCUCGGGCCAGGUGCUCGCGGCGGCGCUGACCGUGUGGGCAGCCAGCCUGGCGCUGGCCGCGCUCCCGCUCUGCGGCUGGGGCGCCUUCGUGCGCACGCCCUGGGGCUGUGCGGCGGGCGGCUCCCGCUCCUACGCGCUGCUCGUCUUCGCCGUGUACGCGUCGGCCUUCGGACUCCUGGCCGGCCUCUCGGUCCCGCUCACGCACCAGCUGCUGUGCUCGGAGGAGCCGCGGAGACUCCACGCCUACUACCAGGAAAUCGCCCGCAGAGCCUCCACGCCCGGGACCCCUCCUACAGCGGGGGGAGCGCCGGCCCCGGCCCCGGCCCCGGCCCCGGCCCCGGAGGCCGUUCAUGGGAGCAUGAAGGAGAUGGUAGGAGGCUGCUGCGUGUGCUCGGACGAGAGGGGCUGGGCCGAGAACCCGCUGGUCUACUGCGAUGGGCACGCCAGCGGGUGCGGACCCGGCCGAGCAAAUGGGCAAAGCCCGAGGCGCGACACGUCCUGCCGGUUCCCGGUAGCCCAUCCCUGAGAUCCGCGGCGCCAGGGGGCGAGGGCCGUGUGCUUUCAGGCAGGGCUUGGAAAGUGGAAAAUGGGAUGGUGGGUGAGGUCUGAAGUUCUGUCGCCUUUGCAGAUCCACAUGGUGGUCAAGCACGUGGCAGGGGUUCAGUGCCUUCCCUUCGAGACACUCGGCUUCCUACUAACCCUGCUGGCCACCACUGUGACCCCCGUGUUUGUCCUGUCCAAACGCUGGACCCACUUGCCCUGUGGCUGCAUCAUCAACUGCGGGCGGGACGCUUACCCAGUGGCGUCCGAUGGCGAAAAAACCAAUAGGAGAGGCUUUGAAUUCAAUCUAUCAUUCCAGCGAAGUUAUGGAAUUUAUAAAAUAGCACAUGAAGAUUACUAUGACGAUGAUGAAAAUUCUAUAUCCUAUCACAACCUGAUGAAUUAUGAGUGUGAAACUACAAAAGAUUCUCAGAGAGACAAGUGUAAUAUCUUUAAUGCCGUAAAAGUAGAAAUCAGCACCACAGCCUCUCCGGACAGCUCCACACUAAAAGGUAUUAACAAGUGCACAAAUACUGAUGUGACAGAGGCCAAACAAGAUCCCGACAAAGAAAAGUGUACAUUUUCAGACAAAACAGGAAGUACUACUAACUAUGAAGAAACCGCCUUUUAUGAAGGUCCAGAAAGAAGACUAUCUCAUGAAGACAGUCAGAAACCAGACCUUUCUGACUGGGAGUGGUGUAGGAGUAAAUCAGAAAGAACCCCUCGUCAGCGUUCCGGCGGUGGGCUUGCCAUUCCCUUGUGUGCAUUCCAAGGGACUGUGUCUCUCCAGGCACCUACAGGGAAAACCCUCUCUCUCUCUACCUAUGAAGUAAGUGCAGAAGGUCAAAAAAUAACCCCAGCUUCUAAGAGAAUAGAAGUCUAUCGAUCUAAAAGUGUUGGCCAUGAACCAAAUCCAGAUGAUUGUCCCUCAACAUUUGCGGACACUAGUGUGAAAAUACACUUGGAGGUUCUCGAAAUUUGUGAUAAUGAAGAAGCCUUGGACACUGUUUCAAUUAUUAGCAAUAUCAGCCAGUCUUCUACACAAGUCAGAUCUCCCUCACUACGCUACUCACGGAAAGAAAACAGAUUUGUUUCCUGUGAUCUAGGGGAAACAGCGUCAUAUUCUCUCUUUUUACCUACAAGUAAUCCUGAUGGUGAUAUCAACAUCUCCAUUCCAGACACUGUUGAAGCACACAGACAGAACAGUAAGAGGCAACAUCAAGAGAAGGAUGGCUACCAGGAAGAAAUCCAGCUGUUAAACAAAGCUUACAGGAAACGAGAGGAAGAAAACAAGAGUAAUUAGUGAUCAGUUGUUUUCUCAGAAGCAAAAAUGGCUCUGCAACUUCAAAUUGUGAAACAACUCUUUUUGAAACUGUUUUCCUUCAUUUCUUGGUUUACAUAAGCUUUACUAAUUUACUAGUUAACUAUUUUUAGUGUGAAGAGCUGAAACUACUGUAGACACUAAGUGCAUUUAUAUGUGCUGCCUAAAGAUCACACACUGUGGUAAUUAAAAUAUUUUAUGUCUUAUCCGAUUUCUUCAAAGGCUUUUCUAGAUCAUAUCUUGGCCUAGUUUACUGUCUUUGCCUAUAUUUGUCAAAUGAAUGUACUGUUUCCAUCACACGGGUCUAUACUUAAUGUUGGCUUUUACUGCGGGGGAAAAAGGAGGCAUGUUCAGAAUAGAAGAAAUGUAGCAAAACUCCCAAGUGGUAUUUGAAAAGGCUUGUCUAAAUGUUGCUAUCAGUAUACUGUUAUUCCAGUUACUGCUUCAGCUUUACACUGGCAUCUAGAAAAUACAUUUUUGUGUAAAAUGAAAGUUGGAUACUUGGAAAGAUGCAUGCCUCUAAUCUAUGAAUAGUUUCAUUAAUUUCUAUAAAAUAUAAAUAGUUUAAUAGGUGGUUCUUUUCUUUUGCUUUCUCUUAAAUUUUCCUUUCAUUUUUUCAGUGUGUCAAGCUGGCCUUUAAAACAAAUAUGUUGUAUGUUACAGGUGUAAUUAGGAGUCUUGAACUCAAACAUUAUUGGAAAAGUUUGUGUUAGCUUUCCCUCACUAUAACAAGCUUUCCCUGAGAUUAUAUUUCUUGUAAAGAGAAAAGUCUUAUUUAGCUCACAGUGUUAACGUUUCCGGUCCUUGAUUGAUCAGUUCCCUUGAUUUGGGGGCUGUGGCAAUGCAGCACAUCAUGGUGGAGUAAAACCAUCCAGCUCAUGGUGAUCUAGGAAGCAAAAGAGGUAGAAGGAACCAGUCUCACAAUCCUCUUUGAAGAUAUGCGCCCAAAGACCAUCAGGCCCUGCCUUCUAAGAGCUCGAUGCUCCCUGCAACAGACCUUCCUGACCACCAAGCCUUCACUAUAGGAGUCUUUCAGAUCCAAUCUACAACAAUGUUUUCAUUUAUACUUGCUUCUAGAAUUGUUUUGUUUAUUUGAAUGGAAAUUGAAGCAAAAUAUCGCAUUCUAAGAGGUGGCUCUAACUACAGUAACAAGCUUCUGGAUAAAGCAGUGGAAAAUCCUCUAAUCUUAAAAUAAAAGUGUCUAGUCUUAAAACUGCAGAUUAGAAAAAUUUUCUUAGCAAUUCUUGAAGCAUACAAACUUGUACUUCACAUGUUAGGUUUAAAUGCUUGCUUCUUUCCCAAAGAUAUGUGUUAUCUCAAGUGAACAAUUCAAUAUGUGUUUUGUUAAAUGAUUGGAAGAUGCACAUUUCAAGAUUAGUUUUAAAAUAUAUUACAUUGCAAAAAUAUAAAAAUGAUCUCAAAAUAUUAAGAAUGUAUAUUUCUAAAAUUAUAAAGUGACUUUUCUUCAAAUUGCUUUAUUCUAAUCUUUCUCUGAACAUAUAUUAAAUGUAUUACUUAAAUGUUUAUUUUCCAAAAUUAUUGAACUGAUUAUUUAUAUGGUCUUAAAGUUUGUGUCCCCUUACCUCACACAUUUUUAUAUAUAGAUUGAGAGAAGUGGUUUUCAGAAUCAUUGAUUUUGGUUUCCAUUUUCUUAUAUUGAAUCAAAAUUUUAAAUUGCUUCACAUGAGCUUUCAGAAUGUUUCAGCUUUAGAGAGGUUUCCUUUAAGCCACUAAGAAAAGUUAUUCUCAAAAUAAUUAUCUCAACUAACUUUUCAAUUCUCACAUAAUAUUACCUAAAUUUUACAAGCAAAUGUAAUGCCAUUAGUAACGUUUAUAAAGCAAGUCUCAAAUAAUGCAUAGCAUAUAAAUUCAAAUUCAAGUUAUACUCUCACUCUAAAUAUAUUUUACUUUUAAAUACUUUGUAUCUUCAAAAUUGAUGACUUUUAACACAAGUGGAUAAAUGAGCCUAUUAUAAAUUUUUAACACUGAAUAUCUUUACAAAAGGAACAAUGAAUUGGAUAUUCUAAUAAUGCUUUGUAAAGUAUAGAUUUUGAUAUAUCUAGAUGUAUAGUUUUCUGAAGGAUAAAAAUUGCUAUUUUAAAAUGCAAUUUUGAUAACACUGAAACUAGAUUCAUAAUGCAACUAAAGAAAAUAGUAAAGAUUUAAAUAUAAACAAUUUUUUAAACUAUUCAGCAUUUUGAAUGGGAAGAUGAUGAAAGUCAGGGUUUAAAGAGUACAUGAAUUAGACUGGAAGACGAUAACAGCCAUUUUCCUGCCUGUUUUCCACUUUCUUUUCACUAGACAUGGAACUAGGCUGGGGGAAGCAAAACAGAACAAAAGCAAAGCAAGCAAACUAAGGUAUUCCCAUUUAGCUCCUCUUGGUUACUGAACUAUAUAUAGCAUAAAUAUACUUUAAAAUUCUCCUGUAUUAAAACAAUACCAUGAUCAUUUAGCCUGAAGACAUACUUGAGAGGCUAAUUAGGAUCACAUUACUAAUCUAUAACAUUUCAAACUCCAAGCCAACAGUAGAUGAAUCUACAAGAAAAAUCUACUUGGACUGUACAUAAACAUGAAAGAAUUCUUCAAAUUCUUAUAAAGAGAGGGUAAGGUUGAGCUUUACAAGUCUUAAAUUUACUUACUCUAUAGUGAUUUUGAUGAUGAAAAUGGUGUUUCUAGCAUAGAAAAUACCCUUUUAGAUAGCCUAUGCUACAUCUGAAUAUCUUACCCUUGAAAGAUAAUUAUAUAGCUCUUAUCAUUAAUAAAUACUGUAUUUUGUAUAUUGUAUCUGUUCUAUAAAUUUUAUGUAGAAAUAAAAAUCUUACCUAGUAAAAAUGUCACCAUCUGGUGGUGACUUCUACAAACUGCAGACACACAAUCAGCUCCCUAAUUUUAUGUAUAUAUGUAUAUAUGUGUGUGUGUGUAUUCUAAAAUUUCUGAGAGUUGUCAUUGACAGAAGCAGCUCAUUUUGAAGACAGCAAACAUGUUAGUAUUACUCAGAAUAUAAUAAAAACUGAACCU